AUGAGGACCUAUAAGGAGCCUAAGCGGAUUGAUAAGCCCCGUGUGCGGGAGCCAGGAAUUGUCAAUCCUGACUAUGUGAACCGCAUAGCAGCAAGUUAUCACCAAAAAAAUAAUGUUAUUCCAGAUGGAAGCAGCAACAAUGAAAUGGAUCCCUCAGGAACUAAUCAUCACUGUGACGAUAUCAGCAGUCCUAAAGGCAGUGACGAUGGUGCCACCUGUGCAAUGCAGGAAGAGGAGAUAACUCAUGGACCUGAUGUGGAGGAGGCAGAGAAUGUACAUUGCAAAGAACUGAACAAAUGCAAAGAUUUGGGUAAUUGUCUUGGACAGGAGGUCAGUCCUUUGGGUGAUGAAGAGGCAUGUGACAAGGAAAGAGAGAUGUUGACAGAGGAAAAAACAGUACUCUCUCCAAUACCACCUCCUGACUGUAAGACUGAAGAUGUAGAACAAUCAGUGAAUAAUGUAAUUGUUAGUGAAAAAGCUGAUAUACCAGCUACAAGCACUCAGAUAAAUAGCAAUAACACCACAAAAAAGAAAAAGACAGCUAAACCAAAAACUCCAAAACCAGAAAAUUCUGACACAAAGAAGCCUGUGAAAUCAAAACCUGGAACAACCAAAAAGAAAACAUCACCAAAACUUUCAAAGUCUAAAGAUACAAUCCACAGUGAGUUAAACGGCACUGAUGAACUCAAAGAGGAAAUUGAUAGCAUGGAGCCUGCUGUACUUGAUCCAUCCCCACCAAAGAAAAAGAAAUCCAUUAAUAAAUCAUUGCCUUCCAAAAAAUCUCAGAAAAAAUCAUCAAAAUCAAAAGUAGCUAUUGAAAACAAUGUUGAAGAGUUGCAUAAUGAUGUGGACAAUGAUGAUUUGGAUACUUCUAGUAAAUCAGAUGCUUCUUCACCAAGAGUUUCUAAACGUACACCAAAGAAAAACAGGAAAUAUCAUAGUGAGGAGGAAAAUGAUUGGCCAGUAAAGGAGGAUUCAGAAUCUGGUAAAAAGAAGGAUGUUGUCGGCAAACCAUCAGUCAUGAAAAAGUCCCCUAUCAGGAAAAGAAAGCUUCUGUUUGAGGAUGAUGACAUUGAGGAAGAAGAGAAUGUAGAAGCAGUAGAGCCAGUACCUGAGGAAGUAAUAGUGAAAAAACCAGUUAAGAAAAAACGUAAAAAGGCAGAAGGCAAAACAACAGAAGCAAAAGCAGAAAUGACAGCUGAUUCAUUAACAGAGUCUACCAAGGAAAGCAUUGUUGUUGAAGGUGGUGCGGAGGAUGCAAAAUCAGAAACUGUCCAGAAAAAAGGGAAAAAACCAAGGAAGAAACCUGCUGCUAAAAAACCAAAGACAGCUGUUAAUGAGAAUAUUCCUCCAACAGAUAUCGCUAAUGGAGGAAACAAUGUGAGUAACUGUUUAGAUAGAAUAAGCCAAGAGGACAGAGUUCUUGCCACUGAUAAUGACAGUAUUGAACAAAAGAACACAGAGGACGGUGAAUCAAUGGACAGUAAAUCAAAUCCUCCUGUCUGUAAAAAAGAGACAUCUGAUGUAAAAAAGAAAAAGAAAGCCAUCAAAAAACCGAAAAUUACACUGAAAGAAGAAUUAGAAAAGAACACUGACGUUACAACAGAGGAGUGUAGUAGUUCCGUAGUGAAAAACGAGACAAGUGGGGAAAUACAGGAUAAACCAACGGAUGUGAAACCAGUAGAAGUGAAAAAGAAAGCUACUAAAAAGAAAAAGAGCAUUAUUCAAAAUCAGGAAAGUGGGCAUGAUGAUAAGAAAGACCUUGAUGGGAAGAAAGAAAUUUCCGAAAAAGUAGAAAAAGAGGAAGAUUCUCUCAAAGAAGUGAAAGAGGAAAAUAAAGAGACGGAUGCAGCUGAGAGUUCAUCUCAGUUGCCAGCUAUUCCAGUUGUAAAGAGGCCCCCAGUGGUGAUCACAUGUCAGCACUGUGGUCAUGUAUCUCACAGCAAGGGGGCCAACACUCGCCAUCUGCGGAAGUGUGUGGUCAGCAUUCUUAAGGGGGAGGGGCCAAUGUCUCCCACAAGGGCCAGCUCCAGUGGGGUUGAGUCGGAAAAUAAGACCAAUGGACCGGCUGAAAAUGAGGAGAACAUCAAGGAUGUGAAAGCUACUAUGUUAUUGCAAAACCAGGAGAUAAAAAAGAUAGAAACAGGCACAGCUGGGGAGGCUCAGUAUAGGUGUCAGCAUUGUACAUAUGCAACACCAAAGCGGGCCAUGCUAGCUCGCCAUAUGAGGACUCAUGGUAUUUAUGUGUGUUUGCGAUGCACAUUUAUUUCAGACACUCAUGACAGCCUCAAGGACCAUUGUCACAGGGAGCACAAGGACAGAACAGACUUUAAGUUGUGUCGAAAGUGUAGUCGUUACGUCAAAUGUACAGAAGUAACCUUGGAGAAACACAUGGAGGAAUGUGCAGGGCCGGUCCCUUUCAUAUGUACUCACUGCAGCAAAGAAUUCAAAUAUGAAUCAUCUCUCAAAUCCCAUAUCAUACGCCAUAAUCCAGAUGCACCAAAACGCUUCCAUUGUGAAAAGUGCAGCUACGAAUCGAACUACAAAGCCAAUCUUAAAAAGCAUAUGGCUAAUAUCCAUGGGGAAAAGGUUAAGCAUGUGCGUUGUGUGCAUCCAGAUUGUGAGAAAAUGUUUUACACUGAAGACAGUAUGCGAAGACAUUUAAAAUGGCAUUCAGAAGAGCGACCUUUUAAGUGCCCAAAUUGUGACAAACGGUUCAAAACAAACACUGCCCUAAGAGGACACAAGGUGAUACAUGACCCCUCUCGCCCAUUUAAGUGCAAUAUCAAUGAUUGUACAAAGGAUUUCCGAUCCAAGAAACAUUUAAAAAAUCAUCAAGAAGAAUUCCAUCAAAUUGCUGACAAGAAAUUUAUGUGUAGUCAGGAAGCAUGUACAUUUGCAUUCUUCAAAAGGAGCCACUUAGAACGUCAUCUCAUCACACACACAGGUGAAAGGAAGUUUGGUUGUCGUAUCUGUGGUAGAGCUUUCCGACAUGCGGACAAUUUGAAAAUUCACAUGCGACAGCACACAAAUGAAAAACCAGUUAAAUGUGACUUAUGUGAUUUUGCAUGUCGACAGAAAAGCUCACUACAGUAUCACUUGCGUAAGUUCCACAAUAUCAUCCCUCCCUCCAAAGAAGCCUCCAAUCACGUGGUAGCCAUUGAUGGAGUUCGAAAACCAGCUUCUGCCACAGUUGGCAGUGCAACUGGUACAGAUAGCAAUGGCUCCCAACAACCAGAGAAGAAGCCUCUGUCUCCUGUCAACAGAUCUCAGAACCCAAUGGACCUGUACGAGUUUAAGUCUGAUGACGAAAUGGACAGUGAUGCACUGCUGCCGCUGUUCCAAGACAAGUCUCUCAAGUCGUUCAGGGUCAACAAUGUUGACAAGAGUGAGAACGAGAAACCUGUUGUGACAGAGAACAAAGAUAUGGACAAAGAUACUUCACCUGACCUGCCUAAAAGCCAAGAGUCUGGUAUUGAUGUGCCAGUAGUCCAAGAGAGUUUUGACCAGCCAACAGAUCAAGAAAACAUUGACUUGACAGCAGGUAAAGAAAGCACAAAGGAUGAACAACAAAAACCAGAAACAGAAAAGAAAAAGGUUGUUAAACGGAAAAAGAAACCAAAAGUUGUAAAAGUGGAGGAAAAAGAAGAGGAAGAGGAGGUGAAAUCAAAGGAAGAACACAAAAUGAAAGUUGAAACUGAGGAGGUUGGCUCUUCAAGUAGUAUAGUUCCUGGACCAUCCGAUGUUGUGGCUGAAGAUGUGUCUGAGGAUGUAACUGAGGUAAUGAAAGCCAAACCAAAAGGAAAGACAAAGGGCAAGAAAAAAUAUACUCCAAAAGGCACAUCGCCAAAGGCAGCUUCUCCUAAAGGCACCUCACCCAAGGCAGUCACUCCUAAAGGCACAAAAUCAACCUCCCCAAAAUUAACCACUCCAAAAUCUUCAACACCAAAAGCUUCAACACCAAAAUCUAAUACACCUAAAUCACCAAAAGCAGCAGUUUCAAAGGCGGCUGUAUCCAAAGCUGCGAAAGGAAAGAAAGCACCAGCCUCCAAAAAGGGUCGGAAAGCUAAAGUAGAGCAAGAGGAGGAACUACCAGCCAAAUCAGAAACAAAACCAGCACCAAAACGAUCUCCUCGAACCAAAGCUGCCGCGUCCAAAAAGAGCCCUGGUAGUAGGAAGAAACCAAAGGCCAAGAAAAAGAAAAAGGAACCAGUAGUUGCAGAGGAUCUGGAUGAAACUGAUGAGUAUCGUGAGGAUGAUGAUGAAGGAGAGGAAAAGGAGAAAGACAGUUUUGAUCUACCAUGUAGAGACCAAGAUAAAGUGAUUGAAGAAAGUAAGGAGGUAACUGACUUGGGCGAUCCAGCUUUUGUUGAUGUGAUUAAAUAUGUUGAAGAACAUGGCAUGGGUAAUGUUUCAGAGUCAGAGAAGCCAGAACAGCCAGCACAGGAAGUUGAUGAGGAUUUAGUUCCAGAGAAAUCUGAAGAGAAAGUAGAAGAAGAGGAUAUUGGAGAAGAUAGUGUAGAUAUGACACCAGCAGAGAAACAAUCAAAGGAAGAAGAAGAGGUAACAGAGACAGUAUUAGAUUCUGCUGUUCCUGUAGCUGAGCCUCUCUCUGACGUACAAAGUAAGGUGGAUGAGGACAGUGACAGGAUAAGCAGUGGUAUAGACACAGACUUUGAGGAGGAGCUCAAGCCUCCUCCGGCUCCUCGCCCCCCUCCAGUUGUAGACAGUGAUGAGGGGGACAUAGAGUCGGGACCAGAGGAUAUAGACACACCAGGGAGGGACUUUGAAUCCACUCCACCAAAGUCUGUGGCCAAUAGUGAGAACAUCCACAGUGUGCAGAGUCAUUCCGGAGGAGAGCCACGUCUGGAAAGUGACUUUGGGGACAAUAUAUCCCAGCCUUACAGGCGCUCAGAGUCACAAGCUGACAGUGGGACAGAGGUUAAGAGGGAUCAUGAUGCUCUCGAUGCUUUGGCUGUUACUAUAUCCAAGACUGAGCCUGAUGAUCUCUCCAAACAAACAGCUCUGGCAGAAGGAGUAGCCACCUCUGUUGUUACUGGUCCUGCAAAUGGAGACUUUGGGGGCUCACAAUCCGAGUCAACCAUGCCAGAAGUGGACAAAGAAUACCUUGGUCAGUAUCUGCAGCAGUUUGAUUCCACUGCACGUUCUGAGGACGAGGUAUCUCGUCUAGACAGAUUAGACACAACAGGUGACAGAGCCAUAGACAUUCCGUCUACUCCCCAGGACAAAGACUUACCUCCCCUUAACCUCAGUGCUACAGCACCUCCUCUUAACCUGACAACAACUCCAGAGAUUCCUCCCGAGGAGAUCCAGUCUCAGCCUGUUCAAGGCACUGACAUGUCUAACAAACGCAUGGAGAUCUUGGAGUGUGAUAGGCAGCAUGAGAACCACUAUCAACCCAGCCGCAGUGUCAGCCCUCUGCGGCCAUCAGAAAGAAUCCCAGACAAUGUGUAUGACAGUCUAAGUGCUAUCACUUCGUACAUGCCAACCCCAACUCCCACUCCUUCUACCAGGGAAACGCCAGUCAUUAGACAGACUGAGAACAUAUUCCCUCCUGUUUCUGCCAGCACUUCUACCACUACGACCUCCUCCUCCUCCUUCAUGCGCUUUGCAGAGAAUGAUGCUUUGUUACAACGUCAGAGGAUGACUACUCCCUUCCUUGCCCAAAGUGAUCCAAACGCAUUACAAAACCUUCAUCGCAUGGCUGAUUCUGCGCUUGCAUCACAUUCAAACUCUGCAUCAUUGCUGCGGCGCCCUACAACUGUACCUCCACGUGAGGACAUGUUUCCAGGUCCAGCAGCAGUGACGGCGCAAACCAUGGCCAGGAAUCCAUUCAACUCAUGGGCUGGUGUAGCUGGGCAGGAAGUACGGCCUGCUCACUGGUCCCAACCACCAUAUCUUCAGCGGGACCGUCCCGCAAACUCCACAUCCUCCCCACUUUUCACCAAGGACAACUACCUCAGUGGGCGAGAGUUCAUGUUUGAUCCUUCUCGACGAAGUGUUGCAGAAAGAAAUAUGUUCCCCGGAUUAACUCAGUCGACAACUCGCCCAGAAUUACCACAUGAAACAUUUCCCAUGGAGAGAUUUGAUUUUGGUUAUUUUGGCAGUCAUGGUUACCCAACUGCACCUGCUUUACAGGAGUACACACGCACACAGUGUGGCACAAGCCAGAAGUCGUUAGAGGAGAGAUAUCGUCAAACGGCCUCAGGAAUCACUGACUUUUCACGUGCUUUUCCUCAAACAUCCACGUCGGAAAUGUUCAGUAGUAUUAAUAUGAACACAUCAUUUAAUUUGGACAAGUAUAUGUACAACCGUGAGCCUAUUUAUCAUCCACAACACAUGGGGGACAGCACCAAUAGCCCGUUUCUGCCCCAUGGGGUGGCUCCUCAACACACCAUGUUUGACCGUGACUACCCUCCACGUGGAUUCUAUCAGAACAGCCCUUAUAGCUUUGUGAACUCUAUGAAUGAUAAGCAAUAUGCAGCUGCAGCAGCUGCCUCCGCAAAACUUACACAUCCUACAGGGUCAGGGGUCACACAGGAUCGGGACUUUGUGCCUCGUCCAAACACUGGGGCUGCAGCAGCACCAGAUAACCAGAUUCAGGACCCCUAUAGGAAUCCACUCUUGUACAAUAUGAUGAACCGCUACUCUUUUGAGUGA